GGGUGAUUGGCAGCCGUGUCCGCCUCUGGCCGGCGAGCGAGGGGCGGAAGGGGUGGUCGGGUCCGGAAGCGGAACGGGUAAAGGCGGAAGUGAGGGCCGGGGCCUGCGAGACGCACCGGCGGGAGCGGCGCUGCGGGCGUUGCAACCUGCCUACAGGUGGAUCCAGUGCAGCACCUGCAGCAUCCUUAGCUCUCGGCACUCCUGCACUUAGACCACAAUGGCAGGUCGAGGUGGAGCUGCCCGACCGAAUGGACCAGCUGCUGGGAACAAAAUCUGCCAGUUUAAACUUGUUCUCUUGGGCGAGUCGGCGGUGGGGAAGUCCAGCCUGGUCCUGCGCUUCGUGAAGGGGCAGUUCCACGAGUACCAGGAGAGCACAAUUGGAGCUGCCUUCCUAACACAGACAGUGUGUCUGGAUGACACAACGGUGAAGUUUGAGAUCUGGGACACGGCGGGGCAGGAGCGAUACCACAGCCUGGCCCCCAUGUACUACCGGGGGGCUCAGGCAGCCAUCGUGGUCUACGACAUCACCAACACAGACACAUUUGUACGAGCCAAGAACUGGGUGAAAGAGUUGCAGAGGCAGGCUAGCCCCAAUAUUGUAAUUGCACUAGCAGGAAACAAGGCAGACCUUGCUAACAAGAGAGCUGUGGACUUCCAGGAUGCACAAACAUAUGCAGAUGACAACAGCUUGCUGUUCAUGGAGACGUCAGCGAAGACAGCGAUGAAUGUGAAUGAAAUCUUCAUGGCAAUAGCCAAGAAACUGCCAAAAAAUGAACCCCAGAAUGCUCCUGGUGGCCCAGGCAGGAAUCGGGUGGUGGACCUUCAGGAGAGCAGCCAGCCGAGCAGAAGCCAGUGCUGCAGCAACUGAGCAGCUGCUGCGGCCCGCGAGCCUUGGAGGAGGUGACUGGAACCCACGCUAACGAUCGCACUUACCGUAGGGCGGCUGCUGCCGGCGCCGCCGUGAUUCUCCAUCCCUUUCUGAUCAUAGGCUGGAGGGAGUUCUUCCACCUGCACCUUUCUGUACAAAUACUAAUUCAAUUCUAAGUCUUAAGUCACUUUUUUAAUAUAUGAACUUCUGCUCUUCCCUCUUCCUGGUGGUGGUGGAUGCAGGACCUGGUGUCUGCCCAGCCAGCGUGGCCGUCCCGCAGGUGAGGCCAGCAGCACCCAGGUCCCACAGCACUGUAGUUCACUAUGGGAAACAAAGGGAUAUUGGAACACGUGUUUAAAGUUCCCUGUCUGUAAGAGCUGAGGCUGAUCCCGUAUGAUGCGCCCAGAACAACCACUAAACUGUAGCAUUAGAGACAAACUCCGGCUCUUGGGCCACUUAUUGACCAAAUCAAUGAUGAGUAUUUGGGGUGGGGCAGAGGGAAGCAAAACUGGUUUCUUCUGUAUUUUGUAUUGUAUGUUUCUCCAUGUAACCAAUCAGUAUCUUGUCAAUAUAGUACAUCCAACGA